AGAGACCGUGUGCGGCCGGCGUCGGCGGAGUCUCGCCCGCCCGCCUUUGGAGGGGGCGCAGUGUUGGACGCAGUCGGCCGCGCUGAGGACGUGACUCUGCCCGGAGAGACAGGAAGACUCGGUCCGGGAGAUCUCUGAGGACGCUGAGGACACUUCCCGGGGUGUUUUGAGGACAUUGUCUGCAGGAUUAUCAGCACUGCUCGGAGGAGUCUCAGGACUCUCCAGAAAGCUCUGAGGACUACGUAACACUCCUUCCGGAGGACUCUUUUUGGAGGACUCGAGAGGAAACCCACCGAAGCAUCUGUGAGGACUCGCUAUGAAUCCUCUGAUGCACUCCGGCGUGAUUCCGGGCUCGAUUCCGGCGUCCGGAUUCAACUAUGUUCCGGACGGUUACGGGAUGUUACACCAAAGUCAGGCGUCCGGGAUGUUACACCAGACUCAGGCGUCGCCGCACAACGGUGACGUCAUGGCCUGCAGUCCGUACUCUCGCGGCUCGAACAGUACUUCUCCACCGUCCCACCACAGCCCUGGACAGUACACAGUCAAGGCCGAACCGGCCCUCCACCAAGGUCUCCACAUGGGUGGUCCACAGCUGAAGAUCGUCGAGCAGCCCCAGGAGCGGUUCCGGUUCCGAUAUGAGUCCGAACUCGGCGGCACCCACGGUCAGCUGGCCGGGCGGAGCGGGGCAGAUCGACGCUCCUUCCCAACCGUCAAGCUGGACGGUUUCAACCACCGGGCCACCAUCCGCUGCGAGCUGUUCACGGUGGAGGAGGGCGCCUCGAACCUUCCUCCGGUUCCGCAUGUUCAUACACUCCAAGGAAGGAACUGCACCGGAGGCUACGCCGAGAUGAGAGUCGAUCAGGAGAACGACUUCACGGCCAGCUUCCAGGGCCUGGGCAUCAUCCACACGGCUAAGAAGCAGAUGGUGGAAAAGAUCACCAACCGGAAGCUGGACGAGAAAAAGAUGGAGAUGGAGCGAAUGAACAUGGGGAAGCUGUGGAACCCCACCGAGGCCGAUCGACAGGAGGCUCGUGAUCAGGCAAACCGAGAGUCUCAGCGCAUCAACAUGAACCGGGUGUGUCUGAGGUUCCGGGCACUGUACCAGAAUCCGGGGACGAUGCGGAUGGAAGAGAUCUGCCAGCCCAUCUUCAGCGAUGCCAUCUACAACGGCAAGUCUGCGCAGACGGGUGAGCUGAAGAUCGUUCAGCUCUCGGAAGCCCACAGUCCGUGUACAGGAAACAAGGAGAUCUGGCUGCUCGUGGAGCGCGUCCGAAAGAAUGACAUCAAGGUUCUGGUAUUCGAGGAGGACAGCAGUCACCAGACGAUUUGGCAGGACUACGGCCGUGUCAUCAAGUGUCAUCAUCAAUAUGCCAUCAUCUUCCAGACUCCGCCGUACCGCGAUAAGGAGAUCCGGAGUCCGGUGCGGGUGUUCAUCCAGCUGGAGCGACCCUCCGAUGGCUGUGUUUCCGAGCCGAAACACUUCCAGUACACCGAGCGCGAUCAGCGUACCACCAAGCGUAUGCUGAUGCCAGCCGAGAGUGGUGGCCCCAGCGACUCGAAGCGGUUUUAUUUCGAUUCGGAGCAAGGACGCACUCCGUUCGAGGUGCCUCCGACGGACGCCCUCAUGGCAAUGCUGGGCGGUGGACAGGGCGAGUUCAUGCAGCAGCUGCGGCAGCCGCCACAGCCGCCACACCAGCAGCUGCAGCAACAGCAGCUGCAGCAGCAGCAGCAGCAGCAGCAGCAGUUGCAGAUGCAGCGUCAGCAGCAGCAGACACAGCGGCAGCCGCAGCCGCCUCAGACGCAGACACAGCCGCAGCAGCAACUGCAGCAGCCGAUGUCUGUGAUGUCCCAGGGCUCUUCGGUGUACUAUCCACACGCGUCGCCCCACUCUGUGGCCUCUCCGUACAGCCCCGAGUCGGCGGCGGCCAGCUCACCGCAGCAGCCGUAUACGCAUUAUGCCAGUCCGCAGCAUAACCCCUAUCAGAUGAUGUCUCCUCGCGACCCGAACUUGGCUGCCAGCGCCGCGCCGUCUACUGUGGAUGAGAUCCUGCAGGGCGGCAGCGGCUUCCCGGCCAUGACGACGCCCAGCGAUACUAUGGGAUUCGGUCAGCAGGAUCAGUUCUACGGUGCUAUGGAUAUGAAUGCAGUCAUGGGCCUCGGGGAUCAGCAGGAGUCCAUUUCCAGACAGCUGACUGACGAGGAGAUGCAGCUGAUACUGCAGAGCCUCCCGCCGGAGGCGCGAGAGGGCGACGGCGUGGCACCGCCCGUGCGUACACACCGCGCCCCGCGAGGCGUGGUACGCGGCCUGGGCGGCCCGGGCGGCACCGCCGCCGCCCCCGCCCCCGCCCCGGCGGCCCCGGCGGCGGCGGCGGACUCGGCUCCGGCGGGUCAGACACCUGAUCAGCUGGCGGCCGACAUAGCCAGGAUGAACCUGGGAAGGGGAAGCGGCGGCGGCGGCGGCGGCGGCGGCGGCGGCGGCGGCGGCGGCGGCGGCGGAGGAUCUCCGGGAGGAAAGGACGGAGAGAAAGGAAAGAAGCCACCGAGAGCUGCCGACACUAGCCGUCCUGAGGUUCAGCUGGCCUACGGAAACGCCGACAGUCUGUACCUAUUUGCUGCCACCGGAGACGAGAACUUCCUUCUGGAGCGCUUCCGCUGCCUCGUUGGCAUGGAAAACUACGACGGAGACAAUGUGCUACACGUAGCGGCGAUGUACGGAAACAAGAAGGCGCUGUCCAGCCUACUGGAGGCCAUCUCCGGACUGGAGGACGACCUGCGCCGGGCGAUGGUCGACAGCCAUAACGCAAACAGACAG